UAUUUACGAAACUUUCCUUGUAUGAAAUAUAGCCAUAUACACAUCCAUUAUCCAUAAAUACAAUGGGAAGCAGUUACAGUAGUCACACUAACCUUGGCAGCGAUUGUGCUUCUUUUGAUGCUGGCGCCACUGGUACCAGAGCACGCUGGGGAGAUUCUUUUGAGGUUUCCAUGUGCAACGACUUCAAGGAAAAUGAUCAUACAGAAUUUUGGGGCGUGACUUACACAGCAGGUCAGAAGAAGCAUAAUUGUGGUUUUCAACUGAGGGCAACCCGUGACAUCAAUGGUGUUCAAAGCAUAUAUUUUGGUAUAAGAGACUCUGCUGAUAAUAGUGCUGAGUUUUCUUUGGAGAUAACAAGGGUUGGACGUGAUGGUCUCAGUGGUGGGAUAAUAGGUAUCCGUUCUUGUGGAGCUCCUAAGUCCUUUACAAGGGCCAAAAAUGAUUAUUCAAUAGAGACUACUAUUGUUUCAUACGGUAAUUGUUCGCACAGAGAAGGUCUUUUUGUUCUCGAAAAGAAAAAAAAGGUUAACUCUGACAAUGCUUACAUGGUUACUUUGGCACAUUAUUAUGUAAACAAAGAGUUAGCUCUUUCUGUUGUGGCCAAAAUUCGUCGCAAAAAAGAGAACGGUUUUGAUGUUGAAGUUGAGGGUCCUUUCAAACACCCUAGUGCCGAUCUUCUUAAGGUUCUUGUUAAAACCUGCCGAACCGGUAUAUGGUCACCCGCCGCGUGUUCUCACUGUAAUGGAGCAAAGGCUAACACCGUUACCAGAACUGGAGAACCCAAUUCAUCAUUGAAGCCUCAAUCUCAUAACCAGAGUCAUGACCAUGAAGUAAGUCAAAUCGUUAAACAUGAAAUCUUUUCGAGCAAUGUCAGAGAGCAACACAACAUGGGCCUUAUCAAUUCAAGUGGAUACACGUCUGGUUCUCUAAAUAAUUCUAUUAUCUGUAUAAAGUGCAACCUCACGCUGUAAAGCUCCUUAGGAUUGCAUUUGCAAAGAGCCUGAUUACAACAAACACAAUUGUU